UUGUUUAAAAGAAUUGCUUAUUAUUCAGGAGCAGCUAGGUUUUAUCCCCACAACCACCGCCCCUUUUAUAAAAGAGUUCCAAACCCUAAUCUCUCUCCAGAACUCACCGAUUUGUCUUGCUAGUAAAAAGUUUUGUGCAAUUUGUUUUUGAGUGUGUGUUGAUUAUUGAAGACUCAAUUGCGUAUUCUUCACAAGUGUUUUCUCCCUACCACCGCCCCUUUUAUAAAAGAGUUCUAAACCCUAAUCCCUUUCCAGAACUCACCGAUUUCUCUUGCUAGUAAUAAGUUUUGUUGAUUAUUGAAGAUUCAAUUGCGUAAUUGCGUAUUCUUCACGAUUGUUUUCUCCCUACCAUCGCCCCUUUUAUAAAAGAGUUCUGAACCCUAAUUCCCUUUCCAGAACUCACCGAUCCCUUUCCAGAACGAUCGUUUCUCUUGCUAGUAAUAAAUUUUGUGCAAUUUGUGUGUGCUUUAAUUGAAGAUGGUAUAUCGAAGGAGUCAAGAAUGGUACACACAGCGCGGUCUUUGUGAUGGAUUGCUAUUGCCAUUCGCACCAUCUGAUAUGAUUUCCUUGAAUGUAACUGUACAUAAUUAUACAUACAACAGUAGUAUGGUGGAAGUCAAUCGCUCUACCAACACCUAUUGGUACCCUGUGCCGGCUUCUUUGCUAGAAUUUGACGACUUGUCACGCAGAUUCUUCAAUCACUACGUGUUCCGCAAGGGAGUCACCGUGGAUGACCGGAUGUGCGAUGACAUCCUCGCUUUCUCGCGCCGCAUGCACCGGGAAAGAAGUCAUAUUCCCGAGACCGCCACACCCAUAGCUAUACUUAACGUAGUAAUCAAGACAUGGCCGUCCUUCCGUGGAAGCUCUGAUGAUGAUCCUAUGGAGAUAGACGAGGUUGAAUCCAAUAUUCAUGAUGAUUUGCCACUGAUUCAGUUUCUACGAACGGCCCUGGAUCGGGCUACCAAUGGGUCAAUGGAUCGGGCUAUACAGGAGUCCGUGGACGACUAUGUCGCGUUGAAGCUGGUACCCGCAACUCAAUCAUCCAUCGACGCCUUGGAGAAGACGACAUUCUAUUGCUCUUGCACCAUUUGUCUGGAAGAGUUCUCGGAUGAACAGUCCAUCACUCGCAUGCCCUGCUCUCACGUCUUUCAUGGAGAUUGCAUUACAAAGUGGCUUAACACAUCCCACUCUUGUCCACUUUGCCGUUUCAAGAUGCCAACAACUUCUUCAUGUAUCUAGGUUGUAUUUUUCUAUGUUCAUGCUUUGUUAUAUCAAUCGAUUUGUAUGCAAUGAAUUUGUUUUGGUAUAUAAUGAUGAUGAUGAUGGUGGUGGUCUGUUUAGGCACUUUUGGUAUUUCUUAUGUUGUUUUUUUGUGAUAAUGGUAAAAUUGUUUGUUCAAAUGUCAGAACUGAUUUUAAGAACAAUAAACAAUUUACAUUGUUUGUUAACCUUAACUUUUUUACCAAAAAAAAAAUCAAACACAUUCCUUGAGAACCUACCUAUAUAAUUUGUCAAACACAAAAUUGUAAUAUACUCUCUCAUAAAAAAAGAGUCUAAUAUGAAACCAACUACAACAAUAUACAGACAUAUGUAUAUAUAAUAGUAACCACCACAACAACAACAGUUAUAGAUUAAAUGUAGAAUUAUGUUAAACUUUCAUGUAUAAUUAUGGAUUCAAUACUCAUCAUCAGUACAUGCUUAUAGCCAAUUGACCUGAGUCCCCAAGGAAGCAAAAGAAAAAAUAAAAAUAAAUAAAAAUAAAAAUGAUAAUAAUAAUAAUAAUAACAAUGACAACGACAAUGACAAAGAAGAAUUACAUAAUCAGCUAGAGAGCCCAUGAGCUGCUAAUAAACUGAGCUUGAACUGUCGUGGUUAGGACAAACUUGAUUUUCAACACCUUUAAUUUAACUGAACAGAGCUCAACAAGCUAAUCCUUGACACAACAUGGUUCAUUUGCAUCCAAAGCUAAAACAUUAAAGGGAAUCCCUCAGAUUUGGGUUUGCAAACUGAGGUCCAGGCAACCCUUGCACCAUUCACUACUACAAAAUAUACCUAUAAUGACAAAAGUUUAGCAGCAUUUAUUAAAAAAUGCUGCCAUUUAACAAUUUCUAAUAAGUGAGCACGUGAUUGCCGUGCACAUUCUUUCUUUAUUUUUUAUUUUUUCAUUUCGCUCCUCACUAUUUUUUUUGGGCAAGUAAAACGAAAUUCGCUCGGUCUCUUCUCACCUCACUCCCUAAGUACCAAAAUCAAAUUGAAAUCCUAGGAAUGAGAUUCUCUCACGAGCAGAGUUUCUUCUCUCCGUUACUAAGAUUUUCAAUUAAAUCUUCAUUUACAUUUAGGAGAGAAAUCAAAACUGAGCCCUGGGAGUGACAUUCUCUCGCACGAUCUGAGCAGGAAAAACUCUCUCCUCAACAGCUUCAUUUACAUUUCACAGAGAAAUCGAAACCAAACCAAGCUGAGUUCGUUAAUCGGUCUGUUCUAUUUGAUUUUGGAGCUAAAUCGAUGUCUGAUUCGUCCAAAAUUGCCAACGAUCAGCAUUAUAUUCAUGUUCGUCCACUCACAGGAUUAAUUCCACACCAGCUUGAAUUAUUAGGCUACAUUGGUGAUAAUGAUACCUUUAUCAAGUUCUAAAUCAAAUUUAAUGUUUGGGUCAAAUCGUUAGCCAUCAAGGCAACUUUUGAUGCAUAAUUUGUCAUAAAUGUGAUUAAAUCAUUUUCUUUUUUUAUUUCAUUUUCCAUGUUAUUUCUGAUUUGCUUUUUUAUUCUAAAAUUCAAAUUAACAAUUCAUAAUUUGUUUGGUUUUGACAUAUAAUGUGAUUUUUGUUUC